CUGAUGUUAAGAAAAAAUGGGUCGGGUCCUUUCAAUGUCGUCCUGCAUCUUUCGUUAGAGUUAUAUACGCUCUAUGUGGAUCUUGUGCUGAAGCUCAUCUUUCUCGGUAUCUCCUCCAGAUGGAUGAAAACAUCGAUGAUAGGCAUGAUGGUGAUAGUUCCAUGAGUGAUCUCACCGCGACUCAGCUUGAGAAAAUCAAUGACUUACAUGUAAAGGUCAUAAGGGAAGAAGAUGAGAUAACCAAGAAAUGUGCGAAUUUGCAAGAGGAUGUUGCGGAUAUGCCAAUCGCCGUCACGGCUUUCUGGAGGGACUCGGUUGAAGCUGAUGUGGCGGUUGAAAAUGCUUUAGAUAAGCAUGAAGAGUGCAUGGGGGUUUUAAUGGCGGAGGCUGAUAAGGUGAGGCUAGAGACGCUUAGGAGGAUUGUGGAGGUUUUGACUCCGGUUCAAGCGGCGGAGUUUUUGCUCUCCAGGAAAAGAUUACACAUGUCGUUGCACGAGUGGGGAAGAGCUAGAGAAGAGCGUCGUUAUGGUUGUGCACACGUGCGGGUGCAGCAGCAGGGAGAGCCGGAGCCGGGAAGUCAAAGAGAUCGGACACUAUUGAUAUGUGAGUGUGAGUUUUGUAAGGUCAAUAAAUAAUCUUGUGUAAUAGUUUGGCCUAAGUAGAGAUGAGAUCAUGUUAAGUGAGGUGUGUGUGAGAGAGAGAAUGUUAAGUGUGUCAUUAUGUGUGUGAGAGACGUAGUUACGCUUUUGCUUUUGUCUUAUACAAGGAAUAAGCAGUAAAACGUCAAGUGAUUACUUGUCUUCCAUUAUGAAUACAAAUUAAAGAAAUUAUGCAUACAAAUUAAACGUUAAGAUUAAUUUGGUUGUCUUAGCAAACUUGAUUUUUUGCCUACAAUGAUUUUUGUGUGUAAAUCUCUACGACAUGUUUGGGUGAAAGCAGUAUUUUAACUCUAAAACUAAUAAUGACAGUAUAUUCAAUUUUGACAGUACACUUAAGUAAAUCCCUUAAUCACACAAGUGGAAAAUUGGGAACUGGUAUUUGUGAAAGUUAUGUGACUGGCUGUUGUGUUUCUUGUAUGACUCUGGCUGUUAUUGAAUCUUUAUAUAACAUUUGAAUAUUCCUUUUCUUCUAGAUUAUGUAUCCAAAGUAAACAAGAAAAAGCAGUAUCAACAUUAGAUAUAUACACAAAUGGGGCAAAAAGAUGGAGAAGAGAUAUUUAUGAAUCAAACAAAUCAAAGGGCUCGAAGUUUCAAAAGAUGACAUGUACAAUUCCGGAAUGAAGUAAAAAAGAUACCGUGGCAACUGCAUAACUUGUUCCCAACACGUGGUUAGCGAGAGUGCAAAAGGACUAAUACGGUAACACGGUUUGAUUUUUCUGUAGAUUUUCUUUCUUGUCAACGAUUUUUCUGUAGAUAAAAUGUAUGAUAUCUUCUACAUUUCUUAUCAUAUUGUACAUUUAACUUUUUUCUGUAAAAUUGAACAUUUAAAUUUCAUUUAACUAAGGGCAAAAAACUGAUAUAUACGAGGUUCUAUGUGUUACUGGUUUUGCAUAUCGUUAGACCAAGAUUAUCGUCGACUUUUGAGUGGGUUUUUAAAGUAAAUAAUCUAUUUAAUUAAAUCAAAACAAAAUAAAAAGGGAAUUACCAAUCUUUAACUUAGGAUUUUAGGGACCGGUUUUUAAAUGGGUUUUUCAACCACGUGUCAACAUACAAAGCUUUUUACAUUUCUUUUUCUUUUUUUGGUUUAUUUCUUUCUUUUCUUUUGUCUCGGUUUCUCGUCUUUUCCGCCCAAAAGGCGAUCGAAACGACGAGAAACGACAAAAGAUGACGACUCCCCUCACGGCGUCUCCUGCGGCGUCUGUCGUCUUCUCCGUCAGAAGACCGAUCAAAACCAGCACGGACGACGAUUGUCUCGGUCCUCAUGGCGUCUCCUCCGGCUUCUCUCGUCUUCUUCGUCAGAAGACCGAUCGAAACCAGCACAGACGACGACUGUCUCGGUCCUCACGGAAUCUCCUCCGGCGUCUGUCGUCUUCUCCGUCAGAAGACCGAUCGAAAACAUCACGGACGACUACUGUCUCGGUCCUCACGGCGUCUCCUCCGGCUUUUCUCGUCUUCUCCGUCAGAAGACCGAUCGAAACCCACCACGGACGACGACUCUCUCGGUCCUCACUAUGAUUUUAGAUAAUAGAGUAGGUAUUGAGAGAUUAAGGUAGAUUAGAGAAGGUUAAUGGGAGAUUUAUAGAGAGAUUAGGUAGUAAACAUGUUUAAGAGUAUUUAAGAAUCAUUAUGAACAAGAGAGAGAGUCUAGAAAGAUAAUCCCAAACUUCUUAAUUAUUAAUCUGAUCAAAGUUUACAAUAUCUAUGAAGAGGCAACACUAGGAUGAGGGUUUUAUAAAGAGGCACUAUUACAAGAGAUAAGGUUUGCUUUAAUUUAAAUCAUCCAAUGAACUUCUUCCUUGUGCAUAAAGCUCCUUUUGCUUUAUCCAGCUCUUCUCCAGCCUGUCACAUGCGCCUCCUCUUCCCUUGCAACGAUCUGAUGCCUUAGCUAAGGGAAUAGGGCUUAUCUUCUUCUUCCAAAGUUACUCCGGUAACUAGAAUAACUAGUAUACUAGUAUUACUAGGGUAACUUUGGUUUACCCUUUGUAAGUUACUUGGGUAACUGGUAUUACUACGCCAUGUACGGCCUCUUCAUCAUGCUCAACUCCUCAUGUCUUUCUCUUCCUAUAUAUUGAUCUCAUCUCAACACUCCCCCUCAAGCUUAUCUUUGUGAAAGUCUAAGCUUGGAUAGCCAUGAGAUCUACCUCAUUAAAAACCU